AAUUUCCUCCUUACUAUCUCCCCCUUCACAUCCUCAACAAAAGAAGCAAAAUUCCUCUCAGAACUCCCAUCUUUUGACACUCCAUUCUUCAUAACUUCCCUUACUUUCCCAAUUUCACUCCUCAACUCAUUCGACCUUUCCCCGUCGCUACUAAUCAAAAUCCCGAUCUUAUCCCUAACUUCAUCACCCGUGAUAACCUCACCAUCACACAAAUUAAUCCCGACCCUCCAAUCAUCGACCACCAAUUUCCGAUUCGUUAUUUGGUCCCUGGGCUCGACAAGACCCGAUUUUGAUCGCACCAUGGCACGAUUAACCCUUUACCCCUCACACUAUCCUCAAAUCCAUCCGGCAAAAUCCCAUCACAACACGCAAAAUUACCCGUUAUCCCGGGCCGCACGACCCAUA